AAUAUGCUGGUUUCUUCACUAUAGCUUGUUUCUGAUUGGAGAAGUUGCAGGUGUUGCAAUCGACUCCCCUUACUUUGCCCCAGUCUCCCCCCAGUGUGGGACGUCCCAAUGGGCGGAUUUCAGGAGAGUUUGACAAGUAAAACUCCCAGUGUCGAUUCUCUCGUCAAGUGUUGUCGCGCGUGUUUAUCACUUGGCUGGAGUAUGAGCGGACCAAAGCUACAGCAUCUUCUUGGCACCUCUGUCUUUUCUCUCAUGCUGCUACCUCUGGUGUUGUCUUGUGACAGCAACCGGACUAUGAGAGAGAUCGCUGAGGACUACGAGUCUGUCAUCUCCCUGCUCCUUCAGAACCUUGAGAACAACAUCCCUGAAUCAUUAAAAGUGUCUAAUGAAAGCUACCCAAUGAAAAUGCCUGAAUGUGAGAAGGAUAACGAGAGACAGUCUAUUUACAACAUGACGUGUAGCCAUACCAUACUCAUUAGGCUCUUUAAGCUAGAGAGGCUCAAGAGAGAAAUCCUGUGCUCACUGGGCCGCUACUGUCCUAGAAAACAGAGGAGUUCACAAGAACAGCACACAACCCAUCAGCAUCAGAGGAGAAAGAAGAAGAAGCCAGGAGGAGAAACGGUGGAGGAGAAAGAGAGGACGGAGGAGAACAGAGGGACCACGGAGGGAGGGGAGAGGUUGGACAGUGGGAAACAGCAGGGACGAGAGAGAAAGGAGAGAAGCAGGAGCACAAAGGCCAUGAAAAGGAGGCGGAGACAGUGUGAACUGAAGGUGUUUGUGGACAGCCUGAAGGAGUGCUACAUGUCCCUGGCUGAAAGACACGGAGACCUGAAAUGAGAGGACAGAUGCGGCCGAGCUCACCGCACCAAGCAUUUAUUUACCACUUUUCUUGCAGGUAUACCCCUUUAUACAUAUCAGUGGGUAACUGGCAAAAUCAGAGGGGUGGAGAGUGUUUUUAAACCAUGGGGGCUGUUUGCAUUUCAAAUUAGGGAGCGGUUAAACAAUGAAGUGUUAAUUCAUUUACCUGCAAAAAAGCAAAGAGAAACAUUCACACAGAUUCAUUCCUGUAUUUUGUUUACAGGGUCUGUGAAAAUGCAGGAACCAUGACUAGGUCUUUAGGUGUUUUUUAUUUUCCAUGCUUUCUACACCUUUCAUAAGCUAGGUUUCCAUUCAACUGGCGACAGACGUGAAUAUUCUAAAAUGCACGUAAAAAAAAUAUGCACAUUUUCKCACCGGACAUGUUUCCAUCAAAUUGACUUGUUGCUGAUAAAAGUCUGUGCGUUAGGAUGCAAUGCACAUAAAAAUUACUUUUGUAGUAAAAUUACCAUGUACAG